AUGGCAGGUCGUGAUUUUCGUGCCAUGACACUGGGCUGCUCUGGGGUACGCCACCACGACGGUGUGUCGAAGUACGUGGGCGAGGCGGUGAAAACAUUCGGGGGCCACAACCUGCGGAAGAGAAACACAGUCGGCAUCACGCCCUGGGGGGUCAUCGACAACAACACGGACCUCAUCUACAGAGACAUCUUAAAUGGGUUGUCGCCUUCUUACUUAUCGGAGCUCUUACAUGUCCACACGCCUGUCAGAGCACUGAGGUCGUCCAAUCAGAUUCUCCUCGAUGUGCCCAGACCCAGGUUAAAAACCAAAGUGGAGGCCCGGAGGAAAGCUAAGAACAGACGAGCCAAACCCCAACGUAAAGCCAAACGGGUCAGCGACGAUGAUGACGAGGAUGACGAAGAGGAGGACGAGGACCAGUCACCGAGGAAGAGAGGACGGAAGAAGAAAGCGAAGCCUCGCGACGACGAAGACGAAGAGGAAGAGGAAGAGGAAGACAACCGAAAUGUGAAAAGAAAAAGUUCCAAAGCCUCCCGGAAGAAAGCGAAGGAUGAGAGCGACGAGGAGAGCGAAGACGAACAAGAGAAGAAGAAAAAGGGAGCCUCCAAAAAGGACAAAGAGGAGAGGAAUAAGGAGAAGGGGAAAGGUAAAGGGAAACAAGGGAAGGAUGUAGGAGCUGAGGACAAGAAGAAGAAGAAGAAUAGGAAGUUGAGCAGCUCUUUCCCUUCAUCAAAAUCGGACGAAGAAUCGCUGUCGGAGGGAGAGAUGGCAGCCCUCAAGGAAGAGGUAGAGGAGAAGAAGAAACUGAUCGCUACGUUAAGGAACAAACCGUGGCGCAUGAAGAGGAGACUCACACUUCUCAAGGAGGCCCAGGAUUUUGUUGAAAAAUUUGAAGGAGCUCUUGGGAAAGGAAAAGGCCGGAAGCUGUUCGCAUUCAAAGUAAUGAUGGCCAAGGUUCUUAUGGGUCUUCCCUACGGCUCUAUUCCCAGGAAAACGGUGCCUCGAGAGGAGCAGGCCACAGCCAUGGACUACUCUGUGCUCAGUGACUUUGAAGGAUACUUCAAGUACUCCAUUUUGUUCUACGGGUACUACAACAACGAACGGCAGAUCGGGCUUCUGAAGUUCAGGCUCCCGCUGUCAUACCUGCUGGUGGGCGUUGGCAUCUUCGGAUACAGCCUGAUGGUUGUCAUACGAACGAUGGCUCGCAACGCAAACGAAGGAGGGGACGGAGGGGAUGAGGGAGACUUCACCUUCAGCUGGAAGAUGUUCACUAGCUGGGACUACCUGAUAGGAAACUCUGAGACUGCAGACAAUAAGUACGCCUCCAUCACCACCAGCUUCAAGGAAUCCAUCGUUGAUGAACAGAUGAACCAGAAAGAUGAGAACAUCCAUCUCCGACGGUUCCUCAGGGUUCUGGCAAACGUUCUGAUCCUCUUGUGCCUGGGAGGCAGCGGGUAUCUCAUCUACUAUGUGGUGAAACGUUCGCAGGUCUUUGCUAAUAUGAAUAAAGACGAUCUCACGUGGAUGGAAAAGAACGAGGUGGAGUUUGUGAUGUCUUUGCUGGGUCUGGUGUGCCCUCCUCUGUUCGAAGCCAUCGCAGAACUGGAAGAUUAUCACCCGCGUAUUGCACUCAAGUGGCAGCUGGGACGAAUCUUUGCCCUUUUCCUGGGAAACCUUUACACCUUCCUCUUCGCUCUGUUUGACGAGGUCAAUGCCAAGUUGGAGAGUGAGAAGGACAUCAAAAAUGCCACUAUAUUGGCUUUGCAUGAGUACGCCGCCAACUACAGCUCCUUCUACAACACGACAAUUGUUCCUCCUCAAAAUGUGCAUCCAGCUGACGUCAUCAGAGGACCCUGCUGGGAGACUGCAGUGGGAAAAGAAUUUGUGAAGCUGACCGUGUCGGACAUACAGGUGACCUAUUUGACCAUCCUGGUUGGUGACUUGUUGCGGGCUGUCAUUGUCCGCUUCCUUAACUACUGUUGGUGCUGGGAUCUGGAGGCAGGAUUCCCUUCGUACGGAGAGUUUGACAUCAGCGGGAAUGUGCUGGGGCUGAUCUUCAAUCAAGGAAUGAUAUGGAUGGGGGCGUUUUACGCUCCAGGUCUGGUGGGUCUGAACAUCCUGCGUCUCCUGAGCUCCAUGUACUUCCAGUGCUGGGCCGUGAUGUGCACCAACGUUCCCCACGAGAGAGUCUUCAAGGCCUCGGGGUCCAACAACUUCUACAUGGGCCUGCUGCUGCUGGUGCUGUUCCUCAGCCUGCUGCCUGUGGUCUACACCAUCAUGACCCUGUCCCCGUCAUUCGACUGUGGGCCUUUCAGCGGCCAGGAGAAGAUGUAUGACGUUGUCAUGGAGACGAUAGACCAGGAUCUUCCCGCCUUUAUCGGGAACCUCUUUCUGUACGCCACCAACCCCGGACUCAUCAUGCCAGCCGUCCUCCUCAUGGUGUUGGCGCUCUACUACCUGAAUGCUGUGUCAAAAGGAUACCAGCAAGCAAACAUUGACCUUAAGAAGAAGAUGCAAAUGGCUCGAGACGAGGAGAAGAACCGAAGGAAUAACAAGGACAGCACCAAUCAGGUGAUGAAAGAUCUGGAGGACCUGCUGCCAAACAAGUCUCUGAUACCCCCUGCUGCUGAGGAGGAGCCCCCCCCACCUGAUGUCGUGGUCGAUAAGGGCAGCAGGUCUCCCAAAGUGAAGCCCGGUGCAGCAGGAAAAGGGGUUCAUCUGCAGAGGGAUGUGUCUCUGGCUGCCCCAAACCCCAGAUACCCAGUGACCCGGGACCCGGGCCCAAGAAGAGGGCCUCCUGGAAACGCCAUGGGGCCCCAACCUGGGCCUGGGAGAGGAAGAGGAGGAGGA